AAAAAACCCUAGCUCUGUUCUCAGUGCUUCCGGCGACUAUUUCCGUCGAAGGUGCUUGGUGAAAAUUCUAGGAGUAACAAAGUUCUAUUGGAGCUGAUUAGGGAUGGCUCCAAAGCAGCCAAAUACAGGCCUUUCUGUGGGUCUUAACAAAGGACAUGUUGUUACUAAGAAAGAGUUGGCUCCCCGCCCUUCUGAUAGGAAAGGGAAAACCAGUAAGAGAAUACAUUUUGUUAGAAGCCUUAUCAGGGAAGUAGCUGGUUUUGCACCUUAUGAGAAGAGAAUUACUGAGCUUCUUAAAGUUGGAAAGGACAAACGUGCUCUUAAGGUAGCCAAGAGGAAGCUGGGUACUCACAAGAGAGCAAAGAAGAAGCGUGAAGAGAUGUCCAGUGUUCUCCGUAAAAUGAGGGCUACUGGAGGUGGUGAGAAGAAGAAAUGAGUUGCAUGCUAAACACCUCUCUUUGAAAUUUUAGGGUUUAGAAACUGCUUUGCCUAGAUCUACUUCUCAUCAUUUUUAUUGUUGAAACACAACUCUUCUUUUUGUGAUCUUUUGUUUCAGAACGAGAAUGGGUC